GGAAGAGCAGACUUGAGUGUGAACGGACUUCGAUGGAUCACAGACGGACACUAACUCAGAUACGGAUUUAUCGCGCUUAAAAUUCACUAUACAUUUGUUAUCAAACGAGAGACGGAACCAAAAUGCCGUUAUUUGCCCAAAAUCCAUUCGACCAGGACGUCGAAAAAGUAACCAAUGAACACAACACAACAGAUGACUGGGCCCUCAUCAUGGAUAUUUGUGACCGGGUUGGGACAACACAGAAUGGUGCGAAGGAUUGUCUCAGGUCAAUUAUAAAGCGAGCUAACCACAAGGUCCCUCAUGUUGCCAUGCAGGCAUUAACAUUGUUAGGUGCUUGUGUUGCAAACUGUGGAAAAAUCUUCCAUCUCGAAAUCUGUUCCAGAGACUUUGCCAGUGAAGUGCGAGGCUUGUUAAACAAAGCUCAUCCCAAAGUGAGUGAGAAACUGAAAGCCCUCAUGGUGGAGUGGGCUGAUGAGUUCCAGAAAGAUCCACAGCUGAGCCUCAUUGGUGCCACCAUCAAAUCUCUGAAGGAGGAGGGGGUGACCUUCCCCUCCUCUGGCUCUCAGAGCUCCAGCAGCAAAUCCAGCAGCAACCCUGCCACCAGCCGAGCACCAGAUGAUGACGAUCUUGCCAAAGCUAUUGAGCUGUCCUUGCAGGAACAGAAGCAGCAAGCUGAGACUCGGCCACUCUUUGUGACACCUGACCCACCUUUCAACACCAACGCGGUUAAAGAGACACGUAAAGUGCGUGCCCUCUAUGACUUUGAGGCAGCUGAGGACAAUGAACUCACCUUUAAGGCUGGAGAGGUUGUUCUGGUCCUGGAUGACAGUGAUCCAAAUUGGUGGAAGGGAGAGAAUCACAGAGGGGUUGGGCUUUUUCCAUCUAACUUUGUCACAACCAACCUAAAUGCAGAACCAGAACCAGAACCAGUUACAUAUGUAGAGAAGACAGCAGUUCCUGAGGAGUCCACAGUAGAAGUCAAAGCAGAGCCUGAGCCAGUGCAUAUAGAUGAGGAGAAGAUGGACAAAACGUUGUAUUUACUCCAGAACACAGAUCCUGCUGAUGCUGCACCUGACAGCACUGAGCUGAUCAACUUGGAAGGUGCAUGUGCACAGAUGAACCCACUAAUUGAUGAAAAAUUACAGGAGAUUGACAGGAAGCACUCAGAGUUGUCUGAGCUGAAUGUGAAGGUGCUGGAGGCUCUGGAGCUUUAUAACCAGUUGAUGAAUGAGGCUCCACUGUACUCGUCGUACACGAAGAUGCAGACGCAUCAGGGCCCUUAUCCAGCAGCUCCCCCUGCAGUGUCUAUGCAGGGUUAUCCAGGUCAGCCUUCAGGGACCUACAUGCCUGGUGGUGUUCCUCAGGGCUACAGUCUAGGUUCAGAUCAAGCUGCACCCCUCUGCUCUCUGCCUCCCACGGUCAGCUCUACAUCCGCCAGUCAGCCAGCACAGUCACCUUACAUCAGCAGUGGGAUGGCUGCACCAUAUAUGAACCAAGCUCCUGGCUCUUAUCCGCCACAGAUGGGUGUGGCUAUGGACAUGUCUGCCUAUCACAAUACUAAUCCUGGUAUGCCACCAACCUCCUAUCCAAUGACAGCACCUGCUCCCCCUUCAACCCAGCAGCAGCAGGCAGCCUACUACCAGCAACCCCUCCUGUGAAGCUGUGCAAGCAAUCUGCAGCUGUGCAUAUCCCUGCCAAUACCGAAUCAAAACAGUGAGAUUAGCCUGAAUGUGUUUCUAUUUCUUGAUUUAUUGCAAGGUUAUACUGAGGUAGCUGGUAGACAUUUGGCUCAGUAGUGACUCACUACAGGAAUGAUGUUAUUCAUCUGAGGAAGGCAAGCACCCUGGCUCAGGAAAGAAGCUGUUGCCCGCAAACUCACCAACAUCAUCAGCAUAUUUCCAUAUUUAAUUUUAAACAUAUUUAGUGUCUGUCGUGUUUUUUUUUUUAUUUUUUUUUUAUUUGUUUGUUUAUUUGUUGUUUUUUUUUAAGUUACUCUGGCCACUCUCCACCAGCAGAUUCUAUUUUCGAAGAUCGUGACAUUUUUCUGGCCCCAAGUUAAAAAUUUCAGCCAGCCUGAGUGAAUACAUUUUACUCCAAUUAGUAAAAAGUUAGAGGGCUCUUUAAGACAGGCCGUGUUUUGGUCCAAUCAUGUUUUGUUUUUCUUUGUGUUUUUUUCUUUUUUUGUGUUUCUCCUUUCUUGUGCUGUAUUGGCAGACAAAUCUCUUGGCAGACUGACAGUUUGAUUGUUUUAGUCUUCGUAUCUUGCUGCCUUCCAGAAGGUAAUUAAGGCAUCACAAAGACACAACAAAUAAUGAAGAUUUUUAUUUCAUAGUUCUCCAGAAUGCUGAAAUAAUUGAAUAUGCCAUUUUGUAUUUUGGUUAAUAUCUGGGUUUACAUGUAGGAUGGAGCAUUUGGACCAGAGUUGGGCAAGAGAAAGGAUGCAGAAGUGACAGAGCCUGGUAAGCAGUCACUGUAGUAGACUGCAGAAUCUAGAGCAGUGGUCACCAGCUCUCUUCCUGGGAUAUACUUUCCUGCAGAGUUUAGUUCCAACCUGCAUCUAACAAGCUACCUCCCCCUUUCCUAACUCCAGUGCAUCUAAUCCAGCCAAUUAAUGGCUUCUGAUGAAGGUGUAUCAGAUUGCAGUUGGAACUAGACUCCACUGGAAGGUAGAUCUCCAAGACCUGGGUUGGUGACCACUGAUCCGGAGGCUCAUGUACUGUAUGUGACUUUAAUAAGAUCAGCUUUGAAAUGAAAGUGGGCACAAAUGCAAUCCCUUUAUGGUUUCAAUGUAGAAAUUGCCUUUUUAAUACACAAGUACUGCUUGUGUUUGCUUUGUGGGUGUUCAUUGUUGUUAAACUUUUAAUUUAACUUCUGUAAAGAUACAAACAAAUCAUGAUGCUUUAACAGAGAGAUGCAUAAUGCCUUUUUUGGCUUUGCAUGUGUUCAGAUCUGUUUUUUUCUUUGUGUUAUACGUGUUUCUUUUAAAAUAGAUUUGGGAGCACAGCUGUUGCAUCCUUUGACCAAACAGUAAUCAUUAAUCAAGAGUUACAGAAUACUUUGCUUUCUAUUGUGUUUUGUGUAAGUGUAAUAUAUCCUGAAAGAACCUCAGAUUUUGAGUAAUAUUUCCAAAAUUGAACUAUUUUGCUUGAACCUCAUCAAACAGAAAAGCAAUUUGAUGAGCAAGAAAGACAUGUAGUGUGACGUAGACAGGAGACGUAUCGUAACUUUUUCUUAACCUGCCUCAACAAAGGUCUUGUAUAUUAGAUGUAAAAUAUCUAGCAUUUCUGUAUUGCACCUUAACUUUAUAAACAUUUACCACCAGAUGCCUUGUUCUGUCAGAUGAUGGAAGUAAAAUAAGUACAUAAACAAAUGCAAUUCAUAGAAUUUAUUUCAGAUGCUGCUGUAUAUCUGUAAACCUGUAUGUUUUAUGAGAUAUAGAGGGAAUGUUCCUUGGCCUGUAAACUUCUGGCAGACUCAAUGUUUUAUAACAUCAAGGUUGCCCUGUUUCCUGUGUUCAUGUUUAUAAGAUUACUUUUGUAACACAGUAAAUUCUAAUAUCUUUCAAAAAUAAAUUUGCCUUGUGUUUCA